AUGACUGAGGCUUGCGGAACUGACUCUGAUCCCAAAAAAUGGCUGGCAGAAGUGAAAAAAUGCCGUUACUUGCCCGAAACCGAAAUGAACAAACUCUGCCGACUGUGAGUUGAUGUGUUCUAUUUCAUUCCAAUGUUUAGGUUGUUAAACAAAUUUAUGAAGUAGUAAAAUCAAGAUUUAAUUUUUUCUAUAGUUUUCGAUGUAAGUUUUGAUUAUCUUUUUAGAUUGAGAAAUCGACUCUCAGGAACACCAUCAGUAGUUCAAGUUCAAUCUCCCGUCACAGUUUGCGGAGACAUACAUGGUCAAUUUUAUGAUCUUUUGAAGUUAUUCAGCAUUGGUGGAGAACCGGGAAAUGUAAAUUACGUUUUUCUUGGAGGUAAAUUCCGUUUUUAUUUUUAUUCUUGAUUUUUAGAUUACGUUGAUCGAGGACACUAUUCUCUGGAGACGCUGACCCUUUUGUUUCUUUAUUCGGUCUGUUAUCCGGACAGUGUGACAUUGAUCAGGGGGAAUCACGAGACUCGGAGAAUCUCCAUUCAGUAUGGAUUUUAUGAGGAAUGCCAGCAGAAAUACGGACAUACCGCUGUCUGGUUAAGCUGUUGCAGGGUAGGCGCAUUCUCAUAAGUUAGACUCUGUUAACUGUUAUUUUGAUUUUCCCGUUUGGUUGACAUUUUGUAUUAUCCAUCAAAUGUCUUUUUAAUUUUAGGUUUUUGAUCUUCUUCCAAUUGCCGCCUUGAUCGACAAUGAGUAUUAUUGUGUACACGGUGGAAUAUCACCCAAUCUGAGGUCAAUUGACAGAAUUAUGUCAUUGCAAAGAGACAUGGAAGUUCCUUUAUCCGGGGUUUUAUCGGAUGUUCUGUGGUCUGAUCCGGAGGAGCAUAUCCGCUUGUUUGCACCGAAUCAACGAGGAGCUGGAUAUGUUAGUUAGCUUGUUAUCUUUUUAUUUUCUGGGAAUUUUAGCUGUUUGGUGAAGAAGCGGUGGAUGAAUUCCUUGCCGAGAACAAUGUGAAGAUGAUAUUGCGGUCACAUCAGCUCGUAAUGGAAGGUUUCAAAUUCCUGUUUUGCAAGAAAUUGGCUACCGUUUGGUCGGGUAGGUACUUUUAAGUCCCGUUGUUCUGGCCCUUGAUGAUGAUUUUUUCAUUAAGUCCCUUUUAUUCUCAGCCCCGAACUACUGCUAUCGAUGUGGAAAUAUUGCGAGCAUGUUUAAUAUUAAUGGGAACGGCGAAGAAGUGAUAAGAAAAUUUGACUGUGCCAGUAUGGAAGAACGGCAGGUCCCUGAUCGAAUGGUGACUCCAUACUUUCUCUAA